GGCCCCUUCCCCUUCGCAUGACCGUUCCCGGCAAAGCUUAUUUCAACCUCAGGUCUCUUCAUCUGCUACACUGUCGCCAAGCAUAAGGCCGACAAAUCCUCAACGAACCGAACGAAGUGCGAAAUUUCCAGACUGCGAGAUUUUUAUAAAGCGUCCAAUUUUACACUGAAGAACUACUACCAACAACAUUAAAUUGAAAACUCGUUAUCUUAGUUCAUACUGAACUGGUUCCGUCUACUCCUCAAAAGCAACGUUUGCGCUUGGAGAGAGCGAAUGUGAAGAUGUUAGAAGCUAAGAGUCUGAAGAAAGCAGUGGUUCCAUCUACUCUUAUUCAAGACCCAUCUCCUGGAAGCCUGCAGUCUACUCGCCUCGCUCUCCAUGUUAGCGAAGACCCAAGAUUCAGUUUUGUAUACAUAGCUUCCGGCUAUGACAUCUUUAAGCUCCAGAUCACACUGGAAGAAUCUUCAGUUUGUAAAGGAAAAGAAGGUCUUUUGAUCCCUGAACAGACUGAGGUUGUUGACUCAUCAUUAGUCAACCGCUGCCCUCAUCGUUCAGAAAUUCAGAGUAUUGUUCUUGCUGAAGCUGGAAGUCAUGGCUACUUAACAUUAGGAAUUGUGGAUUCUUACGGUCAUCUUAUUGUAUCAAAGUCAGAUCCUUUGGGUAAAGAUCUUGACAGGCUUACAUACUCAGUGUCACCUAAUGACUAUGGAAUUGGAGAAGGAAGUUGGUCAGGACUCUGCUUUAGCCCAAAUCAAUGUUUUAUGGCUGCUGUUGCUCGCAGUUUUUGCAAAACCAUUGACAUUUAUGAUCAAGAUAUACACAUUCGUACGUUCAGAAUGUUGUGGUGCCCUACUUCACUAAACUUUAUGCAAAAUGGAGUUAGUGGAGAUGGAGGUUCUAUCUUAGCUGUUACUGAAGGUUGCCAGCUGACUAUAUGGGACUUGAGAAUGAACGAGAAUGGUGGUUGUAUACGUCGAGUAUGUGGUUCCCCUGGUGAUAUAUACUAUUCUGUUUGCAGUUCUUCAACUGGCAAUCUUGCUGUGGGGGGAGCUGAUCGCACACUGACCAUUUAUGAUCCUCGCAGAUGGUCAGCUUUAUCUAGAUGGGUGCACUGUUCAAAAUAUGAGAUAACGGGACUCGCUUUUUCAACAAUUGACCCUAACUAUAUCUAUGUACAAGGGAUUGAUUAUAAGGUCUUUUGUGGACAAUGGAAAGAAAGCAACAAAUUAUUUUCCUUUAGAGGAGAUUCAAACUGGCUCGGCUUUAGCAAGUGCUCCAAUAUGGAUGUUUUGGGUGGGUGGUGUGAUUCAGGAAGCAUAUUCAUCACUGAUGUUGGUGGUGGGUUGAAAUAAGCAUCUGUUCAGUUACUGAAGGUGUAGUCUUAUAGCUCUAGUGUAACCAUAGUAUGCAUGGGGUAAAUAUUAGUCGGAUUGCGUACACAAUUUUCCCAGGCAAUUUUGAGUUAAACAUGAGAACGGCAUUUCUAAUCAUUGCUCGUGAGCUAAGAGCAUUGAAUGAAAUGGGCUUUGACUCUGCUUCACUUUUGAAACGGCCAUUUCAAGCUCCCAAGGUUUGAUAUUGUUACUGUUACUUUUUUUUGGAAAUAUCUACAUUUGCUUCCUGAAGAAGUGAUGCUUAUCUCUCUUGUACCAAUGUAUGUUAGUACUUGGUUAGACUUUUCACAUA